CGCGUUAUGAACGAUCAACUAUCGCCCUUACAUCUAAAUGACGAUGAGCGGUCAUGCUCGCCUAAGAGAAAGAAGUUACGGCAAAAGUAUGCGCCGAAAGCAUGCGUGUCAUGUAGGAGAUCAAAGCUGAAGUGCUCCGGCGAAAACCCCUGCCAGCGAUGUCGAGACAACGGCAAGCGCUGCUUCUUCUCGGAGGAUCAGACGGCAGCUGAAGCCUUACAAAAUCUCAGUCGACCUUCAAUUUCACUGCAACCUUCGACUUCAGCCUCAAUUAGCAAUGGCAGCGGCCUUGCACGACGCAAUAUCAUGCCGAGGCAUCAAAACAACGAGCGGAGAGCCAGUGAUGCAAGUGCUCUUGGUCUGUCUAUGGAAGCACGCAUGGCACGCGUUGAAGCCAUGAUGCAAGCCUUGCUGCAAGAACGAGCUAUGUACACGACACCUAACGGGAGCAUGGAGCGUGAUGAAUCUGGCAAUGAUACAGCCAUGUCCAUGCCAAUGCUCGACCCUAUAAAUCCCGCCCUAGCACUUUUGGGCCAGCUACCUCAAACUUCGCAUCCUCAAGAAGGCACAACGCCUGCUAUAGACCCACUUCUAGACACCGACACGAUCACUCUACGCGUCGGCAACCGGGGCCUAGUCUUUCCAGCACCUAUUGUCUACCAAGGCUACAUCAACACCUUCUUCCGCGAGCUGCAGAUCUUCCAUCCUUGUGUUGACGAGCAGCUCUUUCGAGUUCGCAGCGAACACGUCUUGGCGAAAGCAGAAGUGCAUCCAGACGAUACGUGCUUCCUGGCACUGAACUAUGUCAUAUUUGCAUUGCAUGAUGUUUUAACGAAAACAACGGAACCGAGUCCCGAUAACAAGCUUGCUGGGUGGCAUUGGCUUCAGCUUGCCGAUGAUGUUGUUGGUAUGAGACAGCUUUAUGGACAUGGUGAUCUCAGUCUGGCACAGUUCUUGCUCUUCAAGGCUCUUUACUGCACCUUAGUCGACCAGCCCAGCCUCGCUUAUAAUACGAUAGGUCUCGCUAGCCGCUACGUGCUUCAGCAAGGCCUGAAUCGCCAGACCUCCUUUGCAGGGUCGGGCAUGUGGGAGAUAUACGAGCGCUCACGAGUGUUCUGGAACAUCUUGGUCACCGAUCGUCGCAUAUCCUUGUCAUGUGGUCGUCCUUAUACAAUACGAGAUGCUGAUAUCGACGUGGAACGGCCAAGUGAUAUGUAUCAGCGGGACGUGUUUCCGAACCUGCAACCCUCAGAGUCGCGAGUCAAGCAUGAUGAAAGCGACAGCGCGAAUGCGUUCUUGGACUGCAUGAUUCACUGGUCUCGUUUCGCUGGUUCCCUAUGGGACAGUCUCCUCGCAGCUCACGUAUUCACGGAUCCCCUCGCCGACAAAAUCGCUACAUUUGACGCCGCUAUUGUUGACUUCUUUGAUAACACAUUUCAGGAGUUGAAGACCGAAAUUCACCCAUUGCACCGUCAACAGUACAUCCGUAUGAGCUUCGACAACCUCCAACUAAUGGCUCGACGUGCGAUGAUCAUGUCUUUACAAUUCGAUCGGGCUACCAUACACGUCUGCAGCAGACUGGCAAUGGACACAAUUACACAUGUGCAAGCGUACGAGACCAACGCCAAGUACUCAAUGACCUCCAUUCUUCGACAUCAUAUGAUACCUUCAUUAGCAAGCAGUCUUCUUCUGCUGUGCAGUCUCCUUGUGAGCGACCUAAGCUCGCUUGGCCUGUCUCUGGCCAACUGCGUCCCGGUGGUUCAUCAGACUUUUAACUCAGCCGUUGAUCUUCUACAUGACCUGGCACGAGAGAUACCACUUGCGCGACGUGUGCUCAUGGACUUCGAGAAGAUUGUUACAGUAGUACAAACAGCAAUAGCGAAGUGGUCCGAGGAGACCCGGCCCCUCCAAGGCACACCGGACUGGAGUAUCGUGAGCGAUGUCAUCCCACUAAACGUUUCUGAGUUGCUCCCCUACAGAGAGCAGGUUCCCGACAUCCGCUUCUCGCAACUUUACAAGGGGAUGUGGGCUACCAACGCAGGGUACUCGGAGACUGACCAUGGGUUCUCGACUUGGAACGAGGAUCUUGAGCCUGGCGGCGCGAGAUGCAGUGUACUUUGGAUUUGAAGUUCUGGACUUCGGAUGGACCGAGUAUUCAUUGUGGCUAGACUGUACUUCUUGCGUGUAUCGAUGUGCUUGUCUUAUAUAGAUACCCACUUGCAUAGCACAGGAAUAGCGG